GCCCUUUUGAAAAUGAUUUUCAAACUAGCCGUUAUGAUUAAAAAAGUAUACCCUGUACCCCGCAACGCUCUCUCCUACUAUCAGCUCGCAAGAAUCUGAAAAGAACGACGAAAGGUGAUCCUCUUUGAACGAAUUCAUUUCGGUGACCUUUGUUCUUUCUUCAAGAUUUGUAAAAAUGUUCACCGAAGGUUUGGAUCAAACCGCAAUAGACUGGAUCAAGCAGGGUUCGGAUCUGGAAGAAAAGCAUGUUCGAUCUCCUUUGACGGAAAAGCUUGCUUGUGAUGCAUUUCCAAAAUCUCCUCUUUCCUAUAAUACCAACGGUUAUGCGUCUCCCCAUGUUUUGCCUCCACUGAAAUUCCGUUCGGGUUUUCUGGGACCUCAUAGUACGGUGACUCUCGGUCUUGAUGACCACACGGAGGAGGAGGAGGAGAGUGUGGCUUCAGCUCCAGAUGAUACAGAUGGGAAUUACUCUGAGGUAUCUGAAGAAGAAGAAUUGGAAUUGGAAAAGCCAUUUGCGCCUUUCUAUGAUGAAGAAAUAUUUCAUUCGCUAUCCAGGAGAAACUUGAACCCCAGUGCACUCAACAGAUCAGAUCACCGUAAUGUUUCUUCUAUAAAUAGAGGAGUGUCAAAGGAGAAUCUCAAAAUUGAAGUACCAGAAAAUUGCAAAAGAUUUACUGAUGGGGAAUUGGGUACCAGGGAAGGUGUUCGGCCAAAUUCAGCCCCGCAUUGCUGCAGUCAAGCCGAACAAGUUCAGCUGUGCAGUGCUCAUUUGCAGGGAACUCCUGCUAAUGGCAGUAUGGUCAAGGAUCUAGGCGAUUUGGGAACUCCCAGUGCACCUCCAAUUAUGGAUAUAGCAAGUGAAGGAAAGGUGUUUAGCGUUGAAAGUAAAGAGGAGAGAGCUUCCAGAUUUUCUUUAGAGAUUGAGCAAAGUGGCAAUGGGGCGUGCAGAGCCAAAGAAUCAGAUGUUUUUUGCAGGAGAAAAGAAGGUUUAUCAGAUGGAAGAACACAAUUUCCUAAAACCAGUGAACUUGGUGAAAGGGCAAAUAAAAGCAUGCAUUGGGAGACAGAAUCACAGAUUCCUCAAGCCACGUUAGAUCAUUCGCCCUAUUAUAACACCAGUGGACAAAAUGCCUGGCAAACUCUAAUAGCUUAUGAUGCAUGUAUUCGCCUAUGCCUGCAUGCAUGGGCAAGGGGCUGCACAGAGGCACCAGAGUUUCUACGUGAUGAGUGCCUGGUUCUUUGGAAGGCCUUCGGACUACAGAAAUUCCUAUUGCAACCCAGAGGUACACAACCAAUAGAAGGGGGGGCUAAGAAUGUGGAACAAACAUGUUCUUUGAAGGCAAAGAAGGUAGUUGGAAAGAUAAGAGUGGAAGUGAGGAAACUUCGAAUUAUACCAAGGCGGAAACUUAAGAGUACAUAUUCACAGCGAGGUGCAUUUUAUGUGCAAGCGGGGGCAGAGUAUGUCCGACAUGUUUCAUCACUUAUGAAAACCGGCAUCAAUUCUCUUCUACUAACCUCAUCCUCAGUGACAUCAGAAGGUUCAGAGCAAUUCUCAUGUUUUUUCCACCUUAAGAGUUCUGCGGAAGAUGCUGAAAUGGAGCCAGGUUCUGCUAUUUGCUUGCACCCUGGAACUGGCGAUUACCAUGUCUUUUUCCCAGAGAGUCAAGGAGAUGCUCUUCUAUUAGAAGUCCAGGAUGCAAAAAAAUCUGUCCAAGGUCGAUGUACAAUUCCAAUUUCAUCCUUGUCAGAUAAUCCUAGUGAGAGAAUUCGGUGGUGGUCCAUUUUUCAUGAUGAUCACGAAUGUGUUGGGAAAGUGCAGCUUUCAAUUGGUAGUACAAUUACAUUUGAUGAGACUAACCAUAUAAAGAGUGGAGCUGUUGUGGAAACUCUUGCUUAUGAUUUGCUGCUGGAGGCCGCUAUGCGCGCACAACAUUUUCAUUCUCGAAACUUGUGGUUACAUGGACCUUGGAAGUGGUUGUUGACUGAAUUUGCAGACUAUUAUGGGGUUUCAGAUUCAUAUACUAAGCUGAGAUAUCUUUCAUAUGUCAUGAAUGUGGCCACUCCUACAAAAGAUUGCUUAGAACUUGUACAUGAAUUGCUGGUGCCCGUUAUAAAGGCAAGGAGUGAGAAAAGUUUAACUAGACAAGAGAGAAGUAUAUUAUUGGACUGUGAAACACAAGUUGAAAGUCUAUUGGCAAAUGUUUUUGAGAACUACAAAUCAUUAGAUGAAAACUCUCCAGCUGGUCUAGCAGAAUUGUUUGAUCCAACACCAGAGUCUGCUGCCCCAGCCCUAGCUCCUGCUGUGCAAAUAUUCAUUCUUUUGCAUGAUAUACUCGCACAAGAAGCACAGACAAUGCUGAGAAACUAUUUCCAGACAGCGGCAAAAAAGAGGUGCCGGAAACACAUGUUGGACACUGAUGAGUUUUUGUCAAGCAAUUCUGAUGGUUUUCUUAUGGACCCCAUUACCAUCUCCACUGCAUAUUCAAAGAUGAAGAAUCUAUGUGUUAACAUAGGCAAUGAAAUCCAGGCAGACAUCAAGAUCCACAACCAGCACAUACUCCCUAGUUCAAUUGAUCUGUCAAACAUCACAGCUGCUGUGUACAGCACUGAUUUAUCAAACAGACUUACGGGUUUCCUUGCUGCAUGGCCUCCAUCUAGUCCCUUGCCUCAUGUAAAUGAACUUUUGAUAGCUACUGCAGAUUUUGAAAGGAAUCUUGAGUCCUGGAAUAUCAGGCCAGUGCAGGGUGGUGUUGACUCAAAGAAUUUGUUCCAUAAUUACAUAAUGGUGUGGAUACAGGAUAUGCAGCUAAACUUGCUUGAGCUCUGCAAAGCAGAAAAAGUGCCAUGGUCUGGAGUGACUACAAAUCAUUCCACCUCGCCGUUUGCUGAGGAAAUGUACGAGAAAAUCAAAGACACCCUUGUUGAGUAUGAGGUGGUGAUCAAUCGAUGGCCUCACUACUCAUUGGUUUGGGAAAAUGCUGUUGCAAAUGUGGAAAGAGCGAUCAUAAAAGCACUGGAGAAGCAGUACAAUGACAUCUUAACUCCUCUGAAAGAUAGCAUUCCGAAAAGGCUUAAUAUGCACGUACAGAAGCUGACAAGAAGACAAUCUACAGCACUUUAUUCUGUUCCUAACCAAUUGGGAACUUUUCUGAACACGAUCAAGAGAAUUCUUGAUGUUCUACACUGUAGGAUUGAGGACAUCCUAAAGUCUUGGGCAUCUUAUCUGCCUGUCAUUGGUGACAGGAAAUCACUCUUUGGGGAACAAAUGAAUGCAAUUACAGUUCUAUUGAGAACAAAAUACAAAAACUACAUUCAAGCAACAGUGGGGAAGCUCGUUAACAAUAUGCAAGCAAAUCGAAGCACACGGCUUAAAAGGAUUCUGGAGGAAACAAAUGAAGCAGAUGGAGAGGCUGAGGUCCGUGAAAGAAUGCAAAUGCUUAGUUCACAACUGAUUGAUUCCAUAUCCAACUUGCAUGAGGUGUUUACAAGCCGAAUAUUUGUUGCCAUAUGCCGUGGGUUCUGGGACAGGAUGGGACAGAUUGUAUUGAACUUUUUGGAGGGGAGAAAAGAGAACAGAGUCUGGUAUAAUGGAUCUUACUAUGCUCUUGGGAUUUUGGACGACACUUUCGCUUCCCAGAUGCAGAGAUUGCAAGGAAAUGCACUGCAAGAGAAAGACAUUGAGCCCCCUCGUUCCGUAAUUGAGGCUCGUUCCAUUCUUUGCAGGGACACAACAAAUGCAACGGAUCCAUCAAACUAUUUCUAUGUCUAGUCGUAGUUCGAAUGUUCCCGGGUCAAUAAUAAACCUCAUCUGCCUAGUCUGUUUCAUAAUGUUCAUCAUAUUCUUUUAGCUCAGGGCAAUUGGUGCCAAAUAAGUUUCAGUUUCUGUUCUUUUUGUACAUGUUUCUGUGCUAUAUUUACAUGUAUGUAACAUCCUUCUUUUUUGUAA